GGCCGCGGGCUCGGGCUCCGGUCCCGCCCUGCCCGGCCCCGCCCCUCCGCCCGCAAGGGCUUCCGCCACCGCGGAGCCGCUGUCCCCGGGCCAGUUUGGGGCGGCUGGCCCCGGAACCUCCCGAUGAGAAGCAGAAUCUCACCAAGCGAAAGAACUUAUGGUACCUUUGCUUCAAUUAUGGGUUUUGAAAAUAAGGAGGUCUAUUCUCUCUAGGGAUGGUGAAGUUGGAAAAAGGCUCCCUUAACCUUCCUCCAGGAUGAACCACCUGCCAGAAGCCAUGGAGAACACUCUCACUGGGAGCCAGAGCUCUCAUGCUUCUUUGCACGAUGUCCAUUCUAUCAACGCCACACAACUCAUGGCCAGGAUUGAGUCUUACGAAGGACGGGAAAAGAAAGGCAUAUCUGAUGUCAGGAGGACUUUCUGUUUGUUUGUCACUUUUGACCUCUUAUUUGUAACAUUACUGUGGAUAAUAGAGUUAAAUGUGAAUGGAGGCAUUGAGAACACAUUAGAGAAGGAGGUGGUACAAUAUGACUACUACUCUUCUUAUUUUGAUAUAUUUCUUUUGGCAGUUUUUCGAUUUAAAGUAUUAAUACUUGCGUAUGCUGUGUGCAGACUGCGCCAUUGGUGGGCAAUAGCGUUGACUACAGCAGUGACCAGUGCCUUUUUAUUAGCGAAAGUGAUCCUCUCAAAGCUUUUCUCUCAAGGGGCUUUUGGCUAUGUGCUGCCCAUCAUUUCAUUCAUCCUUGCCUGGAUUGAGACCUGGUUCCUGGAUUUCAAAGUGUUACCUCAAGAAGCAGAGGAAGAAAACAGACUCCGGAUAGUUCAGAAUGCUUCGGAGAGGGCAGCACUUAUACCUGGUGGUCUUUCUGAUGGUCAGUUUUAUUCUCCUCCUGAAUCUGAAGCAGGAUCUGAAGAAGAAGCUGAAGAAAAACAGGGCAAUGAGAAACCACUCCUAGAACUAUGAGUACUAUUUUUGUUAACUGUGAAAAACCCUCACUGAACGUCAUUGGAGAUUAAAAAAAAAUGGCUGGAGAUGGGGUCUCCCCAGUGAAAGUGUGAAAUGGUGACAUGCAUAGCUGACCUUGCUGAACGGCUAAUAAGGAAUUUAUUUAUUGUAAUACCUCACAGACAUUGUACCAUAUCCACAUACAUUUAGUAGCCGCCUGUGGCUGGUAAGAUAAUGUAACGACCUGUUGUAUAGUCACUGAGACCAAAUCUGAAUUGUUAAUGAAUAGUUGCAGAAAAGUCUUGUCUUGUAUUCUUUAUCAAAGACUUCUUAAUAUAUUGAAAUAACACUUUUUUAGUAAGCAAAGACACUUUUUAUUUUGAUUCACAAAUGGAAUUUUUUGGUUUCGUGUCACAGAUUUAUUUUGUAUUUCUUUUUUAACUUCUACAUUUCUGUGGUGUUUUUUAACUCAAGCACAUGUGCUCUUUGUACAAUUUUAAAAGGUUAAUAAAUCCAACAUAUCAAUGAUUAUUUUAAUUUUCUUGUUUUGCAUUGUGCAUUUGGCCUAAAGUGUUGGAAUUAUAGACAUUUAAAAGGGGAACGAGGAGGGUUUGUGAAUCCAUGUAAAAUUUUACCAUUUUGUAUUAUUUUUAUCAUGAAAUAAUGUCUUUCUAUUAGAAGUAUGCUUCUGAAAUGUUCUGAGUACUCUUAUAUUGAACCUACACUAUGAAAUCAUUGCAAUCAUUUUUCCUUUGUGUUUAGCUAAUUUGAAUUAAAAUGAACUAAAUUAUA